AUGAGGUUGCGCGACGUUUUCGGUUGUUGUUUCCGAGGAGCAGUACCGGGGAAAAGCGGGAAGAAAGUCCGGAAAGAGGCCAAGAGGUUGCGGCAUCAGCUGGCGGAUCAACUGCGUGAAGGCGAGAUCCUUCAGUCCGGCUGCGCUUCCCCUUCCCCUUCCCCUCCCCCGACCAAGCUCCCCAAGGCGGACACUGACUCCGCCGGGGUCUCGGUGUCUCCGGGGACUGUUGAUGGGGACUGCGAGAGAGGCCAGCAGGAGAAGCAACUGGUGAUCGGAGAGGCCGGUUGCGCUUCCCCCCCUUCCCCUACCCCGACCAAGCCCUCCCAGGUGGGCAGUGGAUCGGCUGCUGUCUCGGUGUCUGCUGAGAUCCGGCUGGUUGGUGUUGGGGACUGGGAGAGAGGCCAGCUUGAGGAGCAUCUCGUCCGCGAUAAGCAGGACGACGAGAGGAGAUGUGGACUCCACGGGUGGUUCGAGCGGCGGCAACUUGCUGAUGAGAGGAAGAAGGCGCUGGAGGUGUGGAGAGCCAGCGGCAAGCUCACUGACGAUGUAGAGGACCUGUCUUCAGCUCUGGAGGAGCUCUUUGAGGAGAAAUGGGGGGACAUGUAUCAGCCCAUGCCUACUGAAGCAGAUUUAGCGAAGGUGGUGUCUCUCCCCCUGUGGCUCCACAGUGCUGAGCUGGAAGACAGGAUGCUCCGUCAGAAGAUGAGCAAGCUGAAGCAGCAGCACCAGCAGCGGGAACAGCAGAACCAGCAGCAGCCGCAGCCGCAGCAGUGGCACCAUCAGCAGCAGCAGCAGCAGCAACAGCCACAGCAGCAGAAGCAGCAGCCGCAGCAACAGCAGCAGCAGCAACAGCAGCAGCAGCGGAAACAGCAGAAUCAGCAGCAGCAGCUACCGCAACAGCAGCAGCAGCCGCAGCAAUGGCACCAUCAGCAGCAGCAGCAACAGCCACAGCAGCAGAAGCCUCAGCUGCAGCAGCCGCAACAGCAGCAGCAGUCGCAGCAGUGGCACCAUCAGAAGCAGCAGCACAGCAGCAAUGGCCGCGCCAGCAGCAGCAGCAAUGGCCGCGCCAGCAGCAAUGGCCGCAGCAGCAGCAGCAGCAAUGGCCGCGCCAGCAGCAGCAGCAGCAAUGGCCGCGCCAGCAGUGGCAGCAGAAGCAGCCGCAGUGGCACCAUCAGAAGCAGCAGCAGCAGCAGAAGCAGCAGCAGCCGCAGCAGCCACAGUGGCACCAUCAGAAGCAGCAGCAGCAGCAGUGGCCACGGCGCCAGCAGCAGCAGUGGCAGCAGCUGCCCUCCAGGUCUGAGGAGCCCAGCCGAUCGCAGCAUGGUAAACCCCAGCGGCAACAGCAGUGGCAGCAGCAGCCCUCUAGAACUGAGGAGGAGCCUAGCCGACCCCAGCAUCGCCAACCCCAGAGGCAGCGGCAGCCUGGGUCCCUCCAGAACCACAAUGGAAUUGGUGUGUGCACGCCUUGGAAGGUACAAUGCUUUAAGUUCCCUUUUGACCAGAAGCCGAAGAUUUCUUCACAAUGUCAAGUCGCCUGAAUGUUAUUUUGUCGGUAGGCCUAUGCAUGAUCUACUGAAAUGCACCACACAUAGGACUUCAAACCCUUCUGGAAGCAUUAGAUUUUUAUCGAAUUCAAACAAUACAUGGAAUCCUUCAAGAUGUCUUGCCUUAAGUCGACCAAGUCUAUGUCGAAAUGCAAAGACAAACUUCAACAUGUUUGGCAUCCACCAGUGCAAUGGGAAUGUCACAACCCUCUCAGCUGUCAUCCUACAUCAAAGGCACUUCCACACCUCUGGACGUCAACAUGCUUUACCAGCCCCGCUGCUGUGGCUUAUUCUGAAGCCUAUUCAAAAACUCCUGGCUAUCAUACUAGGCAGGAGCAUCAGGAAGUGGUGGGUUUCACUUCCUGCUAACAAACGGCAGUUGCUGCGUGAGACUGCUUGGCGGCGGAGAUGGCACCUGGUGGCGGCGGCGGCGGGCCUGCUGGUUGUCCUGGCGAUCUUCCUCCUCACCCACCUGGACGAGUCGCCCGUGACCGGCCGCACCAGACUGCUGGUCUUCAGCAGGGAGAACUUCCUGGAGUUGGCCAACGUCACUGCGGAAGGGUACGUGCAGGAGUUUGAAGACUCCUUCAUCCCCCUGAGCGACCCGCGUCAGGAGGUGGUGGAGCGGGUCAUCGAGCACCUGGCCCACAGGAACCAGGACAUCCCACAGCUCUCCGACGUCUCCUGGACCGUGCACGUGGUGGACAGUCCCACCGUCAAUGCCUUCGUGCUGCCGAAUGGGAAAGUGUUUGUGUUCACGGGAAUGCUGGAGGCCGUGGCAGACAUCCAUCAGCUGACCUUCAUCCUGGGCCACGAGAUGGCCCACGCCCUAAUAGGACACGCUGCUGAGCAGGCUAGUAUGUCUCAUGUGGUAGACUUCCUGUCCCUGAUCCUGCUGACUGCGUUGUGGGCAAUAUGUCCUAGAGACAGCCUGGCCGUGCUGGGGCAGUGGAUACAGGGCAAACUCGUACAGUACAUGUUUGAUCGUCCGUACAGCAGGAAGCUGGAGGUGGAGGCGGACCAAGUGGGACUGCAGCUGGCUGCCAAGGCGUGUGCGGAUGUGCGUGCGGGUCCGGUCUUCUGGCAGCAGAUGGAGAUUUCGGAUCACCUGAGUGGCGAGCCCAGCGGCCCAGAGUGGCUGUCCACACACCCCUCGCACCGCAACCGCGCCAAGCAGCUGGAUAGACUAGUACCUCAGGCUCUGGAGCUGAGAGCCAGCUGUGACUGCCCAGCGCUGCCCGCCACCGACCCCCGCGCCGUCUUCUCCAAGAGCGUGGAGAAGCUACUGAGCGACGCCAAGAAGCGCGAGACCGAGGCCAAGGCCAAGGAGAGAGAGAGGGCGAUGGAGAAGGAAGGCCAAACCCCCGGUCUACCUGCUCCUGCCAUCUACCUGCCCCUACCCCAUGUCCCCUCACCUCCAGCCCCAGCCCCAGCGUCUCCAGCCGCGCUGGGUGGGGUGGUAGCCCCUGCGGCAGCACUUCCCAACCCCAUCCCCACCCAGGCACACUAGCUAUGUUCACAUGGACGUUUUAAUCCGAUUUAGAAACAGAAUAACUACUCAAUCUGAAAUGUACAUAUAGACAGUUGGCAAACUACCCAGGGAUCCCUUGUUUGCAUUACAUCUUUGAAACAAUGGUGAGGAGAUUUAGGUUCAUCAUCCCCAAAGUGGUAUGGACGUGUCCCUACCUUCCAUACCCAAACACCGCAAUUCAAAUAAACACAAAAAUGUAGACGAUCAGACUAUAUAUAGGCCUAUUCCAAUCAAGGGGGGAAAAGUGUCCACGUGAACAUAACUGCUGAAGAGGAGGGACAGGUGCUGACUGACAGGAUUAACAGGAUUCUGCAGUCGACACCAAAGAUUGUAUCGAACUGUCUCUGUUGAGACUUUUUAAAACCCAACACUUGGUUAGCUCCACUCCACUGAUAUGUCAGACUUGCCUUAAGGGCCGUACACACACAUCGCUGCUAUUUGCUAGCUUCUUGCUCGCCUACUCGCCUCUCUUUCAUGGAACGUUUGCUGAAAGUUCCCGCGGCUUUAACUGCCAAUGAACAGGCGAGAAGUACCGAACUCUGCCUUCCAAUUGGUUACUCGCUUACUCACCUCGCUCGAAGAUAAAAUAUUUUCAUCCGCCCACAUCGCAUCGCUUGUACAGAACUCGCCUACUCACCUGCUAGUCUCGCUGGAACACAUUGACAUUCUAUUGAGUUCAUUCGCUGAGCGAGUAACUAGCAGCGACGUGUGUGUACUAGGGGUCGACCGAUACAGGUUUUUUAAUGGCCGAUGCGAUACCGAUAUUUUUUCCAUCACCCUUGGCCGAUACCCGAUUUCCGAUACCCGAUACGCCGAUACCGAUAUUGUUAAAAAAAGUGUUCAAAAUUACAAAAAUCAGUACUGUAUCAUUUAAAAAAAAAUCCUAUCCCAUCACAUUUUCAUCACACCAUAACAUGGCAAGGCUGUUUACUUAACUCUAUGAGUGGGGGAGGGGUGACGCAGCUGCGUGCAUUGCGGGUCUGCCAGCAACACAGAGCUACCCGCCUGUAGUCAAAAUCUCGGGGUGGGCGUAUCGGCCAAAACCGCAUGCGUAUCGGCCGAUGCCGAUACACUUCAUAAACGCAAAUAUCGGCCCGAUAUAUCGGCCGGCCGAUAUAUCGGUCGACCCUUAGUGUGUACGGCCCUUUAGUUCUCAAUAAGUGUGAAUGUGUAGAACUUUAUGCUUUCUCAGGUCAGCUUAACACAAUCGGAGGAACUUCCAUUGCAUUUAGUACACCAAAAGGCUUUUUAAGCUUGAAUACUCCAAUUCAAAAUCCAUACGCAGACUUAGUUACAGUGAUUGUAAGCUAUGAGGUACUUCUAUAUUAAUGUGAUGAGUACUGUAAUGUGACAAUCUUUCAUUUCAUGGCUGGUUUGAACCUGCUGUCAUUGUGUCUUUAUGGUUCUUCUGUGUGUAGAUGAAAUGUUGUUUGUCUUUUCGAGUUUGUGUGCAUAAUGUGUCUAGCUGAUGUGUUUCUCUGUGUAUGUGAGACUGUGAGAUGGAUGAGGCGUCAGUGUUAAGCCUCUUUCACUCGAGUGUGAAAACCAGUGAGGAUGUGCGUGCAACAUCAGCUCUGCCUCCGACCGCAACAUUACCACGUUAAUAAUGAAACUGCUCUAAAUGUCUAUGCGAUUAGUCGUAAUGGCGUGAUUAGCAUAGUAGCGCCAUACAGCAGAUAGCGCUACAUGACAUUGCAUUAUUCAUCAAAUAGGCCCGGGCGCCCCCUUUAAUGUGUACUGUAGAUUUUGGCCGGGCAGCGUUACACCGUCGCCUACUGUUCACUGUUCUUUGAACUUCUGUCCCACUUACUUAAGCCUCGGGGAGGAGAUGAACUCGAGUGUUUCUCUCGAACAAACGCACAAGUACAAGUUAGCUGAGUACAGAAGAGGAGCUGAAGAAAGUGGCGUGUGAGUGUGGUAGAUUUUUUUAUGUCAGCACUGCAAUAAUGCAUGUUGCACAUUGGAUGUUAAAGGAGGCAGGCCGACUGGGGCAGUUGGCCAUUGCUGCACCCAAGAUGAGGUGCCCCCAUCGCAAAACUCUGUCCCUGAUGAUGUCACAGAUAUCGACAAUUAUUGCUAUUAACCUGUUAUUCCCACACUAUUACCACACGAUUGGAAUAAUAGCAUGGUAUUAGCAAUUUUGUCAGCAGGUAUAAGCAGGGGCGGAGUGGGCGUUGCCCAGGUGCCAGUCAUUGUAGGAUCAUCACUGGAUGUUCUUGAAGAGAAGGGUACCACUGAUAUGUUUCUUCUUGAUCUAAGAUGAGAUUUGCAAUAUUUUACGAUGGUAAUGAUUCCCCUUAUUUUUUUAACAGAAAAAAAUGUGUAGUAACUGUAUAUUGUAUAUCCAGUUUUGAAUAUCAGACAAAAUAUAAAUAUUUUACCAUAUGAA